AAUUGUUUUGAUUUCAAGUGAUUGUUGUCUCUCUGGCCUCUGGGUAAUAUGGCUGGGCUCGUUCAAUAUGUCAUUAUCCGGGGUGAUUUGAAAUCGGUACUUCAAUGGCCACUCGGGGCUUUAAUGGCUCAAGCUUGCCACGCUUCUACAGCUGUCACUCACCUUUUUUACCAUGAUCCAAAUACUCAGGCGUAUUUGGCCGACUUGGAUAACAUGCAUAAAGUUGUCUUAGAGAUUGCUGAUGAACCAGCCAUUAGAGCACUAGCAGAAAAGCUCGUUGAAAAGAAAGUCGAUCACAAGUUAUGGACUGAGCAACCAGAAAACAUACCAACUUGCCUUGUUACCAAACCAUAUCCUAAAGCAGAAGUCCAGUCUCUUUUUAGACAUUUAAAGUUAUGUAAAGGGUAAUAAAAAUACAAACAUGCACACUUCAACAGAAAUAAAUCUCACUCGAUUUACUAUUUCAAGAAAGAAAAGAAAUGAAAUGUAGGUAAAUUUUCAUAGUAUGUAUUGAGGGCUGUUUUUUUUUACAUUCAAGUAAAGAGGCUUGACACAGAAAUGGCAUAACAAGUUUUUCAGAUCAGAUUUUCUUUUAGAAAAUUACUUGUGAGCAACGAAUAGACCCCAAGCUUGGUCACCUUCACUGCAGCGCUUAAUCUUGUCUUGCCAUCCGGAUAGGAUAUCGUUGUAAUCUUCUGCCGAAAAUUCCUUGAUGAAAUCCUCUUU